AUGGUAGACAGACAUAUAAGGGACGAAGCGCUGAGUCGAACACCAGUGCAUCAUUCACAACAUGCAUACCAGGCUGGUAAAUCCGUUGAAACGGCUCUACACGAAGUAGUUAGCUACGUCGAGAGGGCCUUUCGGCAGAAGGAAUCAGUUCUGGGAGUAUUCAUUAAUAUCGAAGGGGCAUUUGAUAAUACACCCUUCGAAGCCAUCUGUGAAGCAGCGGAACGCUUUGGGAUAGAGGAAUCUAUCACAGAGUGGGCCCACAAUAUGCUCCGCUCGAGAAUGGUGACAACCGAACUUAGUGACACUAAGGUACGGGCCCGUGUUCGAAGAGGCUGUCCGCAAGGAGGCGUGACCUCUCCUCUCAUGUGGCUAUUAGUCAUUAACGAGCUUCUAGUAAGGCUGGAGAAGCUAGGAGUACACUCAGUGGGCUACGCGGAUGACGUUGCUUUGAUGAUCAGAGGUAGUAGUCCAACAGAGAUAAGAUGGAGGAUGCAAAGAGCACUCGAUCUUGUACAGAAUUGGUGCACCGACAGAUCUCUGAAGGUUAACCCUAACAAGACAGAGAUGGUGCUCUUCACCAAAAAGAGGAAGCAUAAGUUAAAUGCGCCUUCAAUUUUCGACACUGAGCUGAAGUUUUCAACAGAGGUACGCUACCUUGGAGUAACUCUGGACAAUAAGCUCACGUGGAGAAGCCAUAUAAGGAAACAGGCUCAAAAAGCCACUGUCACUUUUUGGGCCUGUAGAAGGAUAUUUGGCACAACGUGGGGUCUAAAACCAAAACUAGUAAGGUGGAUCUACACGGCUAUUUUGAUACCCCAAUUAACCUUUGCCUCUGUCAUUUGGUGGCCCGCAAUACGAAGGGACGUCAAUAUCAAGGCAUUAAAUAAGGUCUACCGACUUGCUCUGCUAGGUAUAACAGGAGCGUUUAAAACAACUCCCACCCUAGCUAUGGGGGCACUCCUGAAUGUAGUCCCCCCAAAUAUAACUAUAGAAUCUCUGGGUGUGAAAACGGCUUUGAGACUGCAUUUUGUUGGGUUGUGGACGAAGGCUAGGACGGGACAUGCGUCCAUCCUACGGAACAGAGAUCUCGAAGAGGUCCUGGCCCAAGGAGGGGACUAUGGCUCUCGUGGCUACGACUUCCGACACAAAUACAAAGUCCUCUUUCCAAACAGGCAGGAAUGGGAAGAAGGAAGCGAUGAAAUCCUAUCACCCCAAGGGCUAGUCUGGUUUACGGACGGGUCCAAAAGGGUAGAGGGAGCAGGUGCAGGAAUUUAUAGCGGCGGACCCAAAACUGAGAUAUCCCUCAGACUGGGUCACACUGCCUCUAUUUUUCAGGCAGAAGUAUAUGCGAUUCGGGCCUGUGUAAAGCAUAUUUUAGAGCUAAAUCACAAGAACAAACACAUAUACAUAUGCAGUGACAGCCGUGCAGCUCUCAAGUCUCUCACAUCGGUUGUGGUGACUUCAAGGCUGGUACGAGACUGCAUCACACUCGCUAACAAACUAGCGAGCGCCAACUACGUCAAUCUCAUUUGGGUACCGGGUCACAGCGGUAUCAAAGGGAACGACAUAGCAAAUGAAUUGGCAAGGACAGGGGCCUGCAAAACGGACCCUGAGCCAGUCUGUUCAAUUCCGGUGCCUCUGUGCUUUAUAAGAAGCCACUUGGCUCAAUGGACAUGUGACAGGUUCUGGGACCUGUGGCUUGAAGCCGGAGGCAUGCGACAUACGAGGGCACUAGUUCAAGGACCAUCGAAGUCGCUUGGUGCCAGUCUAGUAGAGCUCGACAGAUCCAAAUUGAGGAUCAUUGUCGGGCUCGUUACAGGACACUGGUUUACCGGGAGGCAUCUGAAGCUCAUGGGCAUUACCGAUGACUCGAUAUGCCCGAGAUGCAAUUUAGAGGAUGAAACUCCCCUUCACCUGCUGAGCCAAUGCAGAGCCUUAGAGGAUGUAAGGAAAGACAUCUUGGGCAUCUGUGAUGACACUCGGCCUAACUUAUUAGAGGUUGGGAUGGGCAGAUUUCUGCGAUUCUCGAAAUCCAUAAAUCUGCUAACCCAACCUUAA